AUGGCAAGUGCCAAACGAAAUAGUGGAAAUAAGAAGAGAACUGCACUUCCACUCCAAGUUGAAAAGAGAGACACUAUGCGACGCAUUGAAGAGAAACGAGUAGAUAAUCUUCAACGUGAACAGAAAAGGAAAGUGGAAGCGAUCAGAGAUCUUACCAGAGAUGCCGUUCAAAUGCUUCAAGAAGAUAUGCCAAUAGAAUCGAUACCCCACAACAUUAACAGAAGGAAACUGACACCGACAAAGAGUGUAUUGAACAAAGAGACAGAUGAUAAAGCUGAUGAUAAUACUUUAGUGAGUAAAGUAUAUCUGACGCUUGAGGAAAGUCCCAACGAUGUAUUUGUUCCUAAGAAACAUGGCUUACUUCUUCCUAUAGUGGACUUACCGGAGUCAAUAUCAGAUAGACUCGGUUUGAGUGUUCAGUAUUUACUCAAUAAGCAAAACCAACAAUGGGACUUGGUGCUUAAUCAGUUACAACAAGAAGGUGGUUUUGUAGGACUACCAGUUGUAGAAGUUAAGAAGUUCAUUUACCAGAUUCCUUAUACCAGAAUUGGGCUGCUUAUACCCCAGUUGGAAAAGCUCUUGGAGGAAGCAGAUAUAAAGAAAUCAAGCAAGAUUAUCAACCAUUUCAUCAAAGGAUUAUCUGUUGGACCAACUAUCAGCGAAGGAACUCUCCAAGUGAUUGAACAGUACGCCAAGUACAUUACUGAUCAUAGGAAAAGACUAAAGCUGCUGACCUACCAGUUACUUGUUCAAGUCUAUGGUAAGUGUGGUGACAUGGAUAAGAUCAACAAGUGUUUAAAGGAAAUGCAAAGUCAUGGACUUAAACUCUCUAAAGAUGUCUACUCCAACAUCUUGAAAACAAGUGUCUACAAGAAGAAGGACCAUAAGUUGUCGGUUGAAUUAUUUGACUCCAUGAGGUUUUUACUGUUGGAAUCUCGUCCAACCACUGAAACUUAUCAAGACAUCAUUGUAUCUUAUGUGAACAAUGGUGACAUUGAAAAGGCAUUGGAUCUUUAUCAACAAAUGCUUGAUGAAGGGGUAGAACCCAAUCAACAAAUAUUGGUGGCUCUUGCUAGAGGUUGUUGCACUCACAAAGACUUUAAAUUCAAGUCUUGGGAUUUUGUCUUUGACAUUUAUAAGAAAGGCUGGCAACCUAGUCUUGAAACCUUUGAGUAUAUGAUUUAUUUGGCUGCUAGAGAUGGGGAUGUUUCACUUGCCAGAGCUUUAUAUUUAACAUUGAAUGAAUCCAAAGCUGUUACGUCAAGAUCAUUUGCAUUUUUACUUUUGGCCUAUAGUAAAAGUGCCUUGAAGGUGCCAGAGCAGGAGCGACCAUUGCCCACUCUAACGAUGCAUGAAGAUGGGAGAUUAUUUAGACGAAACAUUCUUUUGGGUAUGAAAUUUCCUAAGGCAGAUGAAGGUGAGCCUGCAUUUGCAUUGCCAUUGCUUCCAGUAGUUAACAUCACCUCUAGGGCAGAGAUAUUGGCAGAGACAAGUGCCCUAUGGGCACACUCGUUGAUAUUUAAUCGUCAAUUCCUCAACAAAGAGACGGUCAACUCGUAUCUUAAUGUGGCUGCUGAGAUGGGUGGUAUUGAAGAUUUCAAAGAUAGAUUUGAUAAUGCCACGUUUCUUGACCCUACUGGUCUUCAGCAACGUACCAGGGUUAUUAUAGAAGAAGUUGAAGAAGCUGCAGAAGCCAAUUUUGAACAACAAGAAGCUGAAGCUGAACAGAACUUAGCUGUAUCAACAACUAAAACCAAAGCACCAAUCUUAAUGGAAAUUAAUAAUGAGCAAACUAAAAUUCAAAGAAGCUCAUUAUCUUAUGUAAUUGCAUUGAAAGCAGCAGCUUACUUCAAUGACUACGACUUUGCUAAGAAAGUAUGGACGGAACGUGGUGAUUUCAGAAAGACUGAUGGGUUCCGGAAUCUUCUGUAUGGAACCAGAAAGUACCAAGAUUUUGAGUUUGCUAGUGCCAUGAUAACGUGUAUGGCUCGUAUGAACAUGCUUGACGAUUCGAUGGCAAUUCUUCUUUCAGUUUCCAAACAGUUCAAGUGGACCUGGAAGGAGCUACAUGAAGUCUACAACAAGUGUGCUGAGGUGGGUAAUGUUAACUACUGUAAGACAAUCAAAGGUGUGAUUCACUCGGCACAGCUGAAGUAUCACGGGAAGAUCUCCAAGGAUGAAUACCGUGUCUAUGCCGCCACUAAGGGAUACUAA